AUGAAGCGCGUGCUGAAGAGUCUUGUGGACUAUGCAGACCACAGGCGUCGCUUCCUCUGCUGCCUGGCCAAGCCAGGCGUAGAUGCUGGCGAAUUAGACCUGCGGCUGCCGGAGCCUCGGUGGCCUUUUCCAGGCCAGUUCAUGGCUGACGAUCUCUGGGACGAUUAUCAGUGCGAGCCACCCGACUACGGCUGCCAGGAGUACUGGGAGGCACACUUCGCCUCGGCACCCAGCGGCUCCGCAGAGGACCCGGCCGCGCUGGAAUUCGAGUGGAUCUGUCGAGACCUAGACUUUCUGGUUGAGCUCUUGAAGCCCCAUCUGCCAGAGGCUGGGAGGAUUCUCCAUCCGGGUGGCGGAAUGUCCCUACUUCCAGUUCGCCUUCAGGGCCAGGUGCCCGGGCUGCAGAUCCUUAGCCUGGACUCCAGUGCCAGCUGCACAUCCUUGAUGUGCGAAAGGCACGGUGGCCAGAAAGGCCUGCAUUGGAAGGUGGCGAAUGUUGCCCGGCUGGAAGCAGAAGGGCCGCUCCUCCAGGACUGGAGGCCCUUCGACGCAGUGGUGGAGAAAGGCUGUCUCGAUGCGCUCCUCUGCAAGAGCGAUGAGGAGGCUCUGCAAGUUGCAUCACUCGAGGCAGAGGAGGUGCACGAGGACUGGGAAGAAGUGCCAAUUUCCGGUGAAAUCUGGACGCAGCGCAUUGACACCAAGCCCCUGCCGUCCUACGCCUCCACGAGGCUGAAGGAGGACUCUGCUUCUCAGAAGGCCCGAGCCGAUCGGCUUGGCCAGCUGCUGAGAGUGGCCUGCUCACGGACGCCAGGUGAGGCGGCCGAAGACCAAGAACCGCAGGGCAAGGAGGAGCUCGACAGCCUUCUGUGUGGAGGUGGCCUCGGAAACACCUCAGUGCUCCGCAGCGUGAUGCAGCGCCUCGGGCUUGACUGCCGCCGAGAGCCCUCGGCCCGGUUCUUAAUGAAGCGCAGGUUCAAAGAGCUGAAGAUCCGACGGGACGCCGCCUCACAGCUCAUCGACGAGAUGGAGCGGGAGGUCUUGCUGCUUAGCAACGAGCUGACUCAGCAGGCCACAGAGCUGACGAGGCUCCGCAGCGAAGACGAAGCCCUUCAGGGUGGCCGCAACCUUCGGCACAUUGAGGGAGAGAACUUCUGCCUCACGGACCUUCUCACCUACGGCAGCAGCCCGUGCGCGGCCACGAGGAGCCGCAUGAGCAGAUUGGAGGUUCCUGAGGCCCCGGAGCUGCGCUGCCAGCUGCGGAAGCAGCUCUCUGAGGCUGAGCAGGAGCUAAGCGAUCUCCGGACAGAGGUAUCUGCUCAGCGCCAGAUGGGAACCACGGCCUGGGAGAACGUGAAGCAGGUGCUCAUGGACACGCAGCCAGAGGCAAGCCUCCUGGAUGGGCGCCGGGCACUGCUAGCCUUCGCCAGGGGAAAGGCCCGUGGCACGUCGAUCGCAGAGAAGCUGCUCGACUGGGACGUGCAGCGCAAGCUGCUGCAGGCGGCGGUUUUCGACUGGCGUGCGAAGGUACGGGCGCGCCGGCGUACGGAUCGGAUGCAGGUGUUCCUUCACUUCAAAAUGGAGGCGGACCUCGCUGAGGUCUGCUUCAACCUCUGGCGCCAAGUGGUUGACCGCCAGUGGUCUCGACUGGCCGAGAGGCGCAUGCUCAGGUCGGAAAAGAUCAUGGACGGGCUCUCAUCGCUGCCUCUGUUUCUCGGGAAGCUGCUCGAAGGAGGAGCCGAGGAGUUGCUCAUCAGGUGGACAUUCUCGGAGUGGCGUUUGGGAGUGAAGCUUGGCGCUCGCGCUGAGGUCAGAGACGAAACCGGUUCCAAAGAGAAGCCUGUCAAGGAGGAAGGAACGAAGAAGCCAAAAUGCUGCUGUACCCUGAUGUGA